AAUUGGUACAAAUUUGCUUCUGAGUACCCAUUGUCGCAGCAUACGAAAGUUGCACUGUUUGCUACUGUCACUUUUGGUCAUAGUGCAAUGUUUACAGCUGUCCGCAGUGAAAAAAAAACUGUUUUUUGUCGUCGUUUUCGAAAUUUUAAGCUUUAAUUUGGAGUUUAAACAUCAGGUAAGUAGUAAAUAUAACAAAACUUACCAAUAAAACAGAAGUGAGCAAAAUAUUUCGCUUUCAGAAUGGCUCCCCUACGAAAACAAAUUUCGCGUAAACAGUACUCCGAAGAAACCAUCAAAAGGUGUCUGCAGGUCAUUGCCUCCGGGAAAACAGUGUACGCAGGGUGCAAGCAAUUCGGAAUUCCGAUGUCCACGAUCCGCUAUCGGAUGAGUGGACUUUGGAAAGAAAAAUAUAAACCGGGCCCGGAAUCCGUGCUAACGAAAAGCGAAGAGCAGAAAAUUGUUCGCUGGCUAGGAGAUAUGCAGGAUCGUGGCUUCCCUGUUUCACGGCGAACUUUGCGAUUCAAAGUUUCGGAGUUUUUGUCGUCGGAUCCAAGUCGAAUUACACCGUUUCGCAAUAAUCAACCAGGUAAGCUUUCAUUGUUUAUAAGGGGCACUUGAUCCCGGUUCUGUGGUCAUGUUCCAAGAUGAAUGUUUUGAACUUCUGUUUUGGUUCUCCCAGAUAGUGGUGACCGGAAUUAGUAGCCCUGUAGGUUGUGACAGUCGAACCUUCUUCAUCCGUAAAACCAAGACAAAUCUAUUGACAAAUAUUUUUGAAAUUUCAUUAAAUUUCAGGACGCAAAUGGCUAAUCGGUUUCAUGCGACGUAAUCCGGGAUUCUCUUUCCGUACACCAGAAGCAGUAUCAUCAGCUGGCGGACGCGUGACCGAGAAAGACAUCCGCGGUUGGUUCCAGAUGAUUGAAAAGUGGCUAACAGAGAACCACAUGCGAGAAAUUUUGAAUGAUCCUGGCAGAGUUUUUAAUGGGGACGAAACAUCAUUCUACCUGCAUCCCAAAACGAAGGAAGUCAUUGCUCGAACUGGAUCCCGCAAUGUGUACGAAGUCGAACAGGCCGCCGGAAAGCAAAACGUAACUGUGAUGUUUUCUUUCGGAGCAGCAGGCGUUAAGGUUACCCCACACGUGAUUUUGCCCGGGAAACGUCUUCGCAAAGAAGUGGUCCAAGGUUUCCCUCCUGACUACGGUAUUGGUCAGAGCGACCGGGGAUGGAUGGACACACACAAUUUCCGAGAAUACAUCAACAAAACUUUUCAUCCAUUCCUUGUUAAGCAAGGCGUGCAGUUCCCAGUAAUAUUGUUCGUCGAUGGACAUGCAUCGCACAAUUCAUUGGAAGUUGCGGAUUUGUGCCAAUCACUCGGAAUUGUGUUGAUAUCCCUGUAUCCAAACACUACCCAUAUCACACAACCAGCAGAUGUUGCAGUGUUCAAGCCGCUGAAAAGCGAGUAUCGGCAAUACGUUGAAGCAUGGAAAGUUGAGAACCCAGCGUGCGUUCUUACCUUGCCACACUUCGGAGGUGUUCUGAGCAAGGCGGUUGAAACGGGAAUAACAACUAAGACGAUUAAGAAUGGAUUCCGUGCUUGUGGACUGCAGCCAUUCGAUCCAAAUGCAGUUGAUUACUCAAAAUGCAUUGCCAAAUCCAAAGCUGCUAUUCUUGAAUCGUCAGGGACAUCUGACUGUAUGGAAUCAUCAGCUGUUUCACAGGGUCUUUUCACAGUGCCGGCAGAUCAGUUCGCUGAGCAGAGCUGCAGUGAGGUUCAGACCGGGUCACCGACUGUUCCACAUGCAAUUUUUGCAGAAGAAGCAGAGCACUCCACUGAACAGCGAUGUAACGAUGAUCGGACCGUACCCAUCAGUAUUGAUAGGAUCGUCGAAGCAUACGACAUGAUUGGGCCUAACAUGGUAGUUAGAAUCGAAGGUGACGUCAACCAGCUCUCACGCGAAGAACGUCUAAUCCGGUUUUUCUAUAGGGAAUUUAUUCGUCCACACAUUAACUUUCAUGGCGAACCUACUAAGGAAUCCCACACCACAUCUGUUUUUGAACUCGAUCAUGAUACCGUUUGCAAUACAGAGUCUACUGAUAAUUAUGACAGUAUGCCAAUGGAGAUUGACAUCAGCAACUGUGAAAUCAUUAAUGUUGAGGAGAUCGGAGGUUGUUACGAAGAUCUUUCGAAAUCGGGUGAAUUAUUAACGGUGGAGCCUUCUGAAGCAACGUCAUACCAAGCUCACGGUAUCACCGAUUAUGCUGAUUUCGACGAAUGCGAUGAUUCUAUUGAACACGAGAUUGAUGAACCGAACGGAGAAAACUCUUCUCAAUCGAAUAAGAUCGAACAGGACGCAGAGAGCGAUAACAAUGGAGGUGAAAAAUCAUGCCCAAGCCCUGAUGAUGUGCUACAAGAUGCAACAAACCAUCAGAAGGUUAUUGUUAGACGCCGGCUUUCUAGUAUCUUGAAACUCCCUCCCACGCCUCGACGAAGUGGAAAACAUCGUAAUUAUGUCAAGCAGUACCAGCCCGUCCUAACAGCUGGGGAACGCCUCGUAGAAAUCCGCAAGAAAGAAGAACAGAAGGUGCAAAUGGAGCUGCAAAAGAAACGGAAGGCUAUUGAACGGCAAGAAGCGAAGCAGAAGCGUGAAGAACUGAAGAGAGCUAAAAUGGAGGAACGAGAGCGGAAGAAAAAGGAAGGAAAACAGAAAAAACCUAGCAAGAAAGAUAGAAAAGAGCACGUCAUGAUCCGUAACUGAUUGUCUGAUGCUAUGUAUAUUUUCAC